AAACGGAUGGUAAAGUUUAUAUAUCCCAGAGGGAGUUAUUUUUAAACUCGAAGAAAAAAAAAGUGAAGUAAAUUGCAAGAAAAGUGGGUGUCAAGUGGACAGCUCAUUAUUGUAGCAAACAGUAAGGGUGGUUGCUGAAUAUGGGCUCGAGCAACUCCACCCUAUCUAAAAUACCAAACGUUGACGACUUGAUGCAAGAAACUGGGUUCACUCCUGCGCAUAUUGUGCGUCUUUAUGACAGGUUCCAGGCUCUGGACAAGGACAAGAAAGGCCAUCUGAGUCCGCAAGAUUUUGGAUCAAUCAAGGAGCUGGCCCUGAAUCCAAUAGGAGAUCGUAUAAUAGGAGCAUUCUUCGCUUCUGGACAGGAAACUGUGGACUUCCACUCCUUUGUGAGGAUUCUGGCCCACUUUCGGCCCAUAGACAAGAACCGACCCAGGGACCCCAAUGUACCGGAGCCCAUCAACAGCCGCACCAGCAAGCUCAGAUUUGCCUUCCAGCUUUAUGACCAGGAUAAGGAUGGCAAGAUCUCCCGGGCUGAGCUUUUACAGGUGUUGCGCGCGAUGCUGGAGAUGCAGGUGACGGAGGAGCAGCUGGAGAGCAUCGCCGACCGCACCAUUCAGGAGGCCGACCUGGACGGGGACAGCGCCAUCUCCUUCGACGAGUUCCGGAAGUCGUUGGAGAAGGUGAACAUUGACCAUAAGAUGAGCAUUCGCUUCCUGCGCUAGAAUGGACAGAGAAGCAGAAUGGCCAAGUUGUCUUACUCCCCCCUCCCCCCUCCACUCCCGAGGGUCCGACUGAGCCCAGAGAACUAACCUGCGCCCAUGCAAUGAAAGGGAUAUCUGGAAUGUAUGUCAUCUGGAAUAUAUUUAUAUGCUGCAUACUUAAACUGACUGACCAUUUGUUUAUGCUGCUUCAGAAAACAUAGAC